UUUGGGAACCUUUCAAAAUCUUGUAAAAUCUGAGCCAUCUUCCAGUUAAAAUGCCGUUUCAAGUCUUGACAAUCUAACUCAUAGUCUGGAAAGUACCUCCCUACUAUUCUGACGAGUUUUACGGAUAAUUACAUCUGUGCGCGAAGAGUUUGGUAACCGUAGAUUCGUGUGUUGAUUCUUUCAUGACGGCGGAAGAGAACGCUCGAAGGCCUCCAUUUUGAUUUGGUUUGAUUUUACUUUUUGGUGGAUGUAAAGAUGGAACUACGUGUUGGAAACAAGUAUCGACUUGGUAGGAAGAUUGGAAGCGGGUCGUUUGGCGACAUAUACCUAGGUACGAAUAUUUCAACUGGAGAGGAGGUUGCUAUCAAACUAGAAUGUGUUAAAACUAAACAUCCGCAGCUACACAUUGAAGCUAAAUUUUACAAAAUGAUGCAAGGAGGAGUUGGUAUACCAACGAUCAAGUGGUGUGGAACAGAAGGUGAUUACAAUGUAUUAGUGAUGGAACUACUGGGACCAAGUCUGGAAGAUCUGUUCAACUUUUGUAACAGAAAGUUUAGUAUUAAAACAGUACUACUCUUAGCUGAUCAAAUGAUCAGCAGAAUAGAGUAUGUUCAUUGUAAAAAUUUUAUACAUCGGGACAUCAAGCCAGAUAACUUUUUGAUGGGACUGGGUAAGAAGGGCAGUCUCGUGUACAUCAUUGACUUUGGCCUGGCCAAGAAAUACAGGGAUCCACGAACUCACCAGCAUAUACCAUACAGAGAAAACAAAAAUCUCACGGGAACAGCUAGAUAUGCCAGCAUCAACACUCACUUGGGAAUUGAACAAAGCAGAAGAGAUGAUUUAGAAUCUCUUGGUUAUGUGCUCAUGUAUUUUAACUUGGGAAGUCUGCCAUGGCAAGGUCUCAAAGCAGCCACAAAGAAACAAAAGUAUGAAAGAAUCAGUGAAAAGAAGAUGUCCACUCCAAUUGAAGUUCUCUGCAAAGGAUUUCCAUCUGAAUUUUCCACGUACCUAAACAACUGCCGGUCACUACGCUUUGAUGACAAACCAGACUACUCUUAUUUGCGUCAACUUUUCCGCAAUCUGUUUCACUGUCAAGGUUAUGUGUACGACUACAUCUUUGACUGGAAUCUUCUUAAGUUUGGUAGUGGACGAGAACCCGAUCCUGGUGCUGACCGGGGAGGAUUGAGGGGAGUAGACAAGGUGCUAGAGAGAGAACGUGAACCAAGAGAGCCAGAGAGGAAUCACCGAAGCUCCACGACCCGUGCUCUGCCUGGCACGACAUCUGGUCGAUUACGGGAACCAAUGAGUACUGCCACACCCUCCCCUGUUGGUGCACAAAGGCCCAUGUCGCGUGCAGAAAGGGAAAGACGAAUCACACGCCUUCAUCGCGGAGCCCCAGCUGAGGUAACAGGCGGGGAUCUUCCACGCGGUGACAUAUCACGGAUGUCUGGUGCCCAUGUCCGCUCGACUCCUGUGAUGACUCCAACAUCUUCAGGGACUGGGCUGAGACGAGCUAGUGGAACAAGACAGGAAAGAGAAAGUGGAAUGAUGGAACUCUCUGCUGUACGCCACUCUUCAAAACAUUUUACGCGUCCUCCGAAAUGACUUGAAACUUGAUAUCAACGGCCUCACUUCUCUUCAGGGCAAAUAGUCAACACCGCUGUGGUUUUAGAUAAACAGUAGUACAUGAUGUAUACACAUUGCUUUCAUAGCAUUUAUAACUUCAGUUCCUAAGGAAAGCCUUUUUUGUAUUUCCCAGCAUUUCUUGGCUUCUGGUGGUGUUUUUUUUUUUUUUUUUUAGACUGUGUUUGUAAGGUGUAUACUUCCCUGGUUGCAGUCCACAAAAUGGUCGUACACCAAGCAGUAACAUUAUUCUCAAGGCGUUAACUUAGUUUUCUUAUUUCAGUCCUCAUUUUGCGUGACAUAAAAUCUAUAGCCUCUAGCUUCGUUACUAUUUUUUUUCCUUUUCUUGAGGUAUAUGGACUUAGCAGAGAGCUGUAAUAUUUUACUGUUUUCCACCAUUAUUUUGUCAAUUUUGGUGGCAGGAACACCAUCAUAGAAUGGAAUUUAUAAAAGACUGUAAAGUGCAUUUGUUUAUAUUUAAUUUAAAACAGUCGACUUUAACGUUAAAGCUACAUGCAAAUCUUCUUAGUUUUCACCAGUGUGAUCGCAUGUAUGACAACAGCUGGUCUUCUCCCCAAAAGCCCUUGUUUAAUAAGACAGGAUGCGGGCUACACUAACUUUUGUAUAAGACUUCAACGAUUUUACAGUUAAGAGUUACCCUGGGUGCCAGAGGUUUUUCUUGUACCGUUUUAUUCUGGUUAAAGCAGAUAUUAAGUCUGUUCAUGAAUUCAGCCUUUUUUGUGUGUUUGUUUUUAGUGUGUGCGAUGGUGAGUGUACAGUAAAACAAAAAGGAAGUUGAAAUUGAACCAAGGUUAAAGUUUUACCACACCACAUGUCAUCCAAAUCCCCUGGUACCCAGGAAACUUGAAAAGUAUAGCUGCUUAAAUUGUACACACUGUAGACUGAAGUUUGUAUAAACUGUAAAAUCAAGAUCCAAACUACAAGAAAUGUCUCCA